AUGAAACGCGUACGCACAGAACAGAUUCAGAUGGCAGUGUCCUGCUACCUCAAGCGCCGUCAGUAUGUGGACUCAGAAGGUCCCCUAAAACAAGGGCUGAGGCUGUGUCAGACCGCUGAAGAGAUGGCAGCUAAUCUCACAGUCCAAUCUGAAUCUGGUUGUGCCAACGUUGUGUCUGCAGCUCCCUGCCUGGCGGAGCCACAGCAAUAUGAAGUACAAUUUGGACGAUUACGCAAUUUUCUCACAGAUUCAGAUUCUCAGCACAGCCAUGAAGUGAUGCCUCUUCUGUAUCCCCUCUUCGUCUACCUCCAUCUGAACAUGGUCCAGAAUGGCCUAAAAAGCACAGUGGACAGUUUUUACAGCCGCUUCCAUGGCAUGUUCUUGCAGAAUGCCAGCCAGAAGGAUAUCAUUGAGCAGUUGCAGACUACCAUGACUAUUCAAGAUAUCCUGUCCAACUUGAAGCUCCGGGCUUUUCUGGACAACAAGUACGUCAUCCGCCUUCAAGAGGACAGCUACAACUACCUUCUUCGCUACCUCCAAAGUGACAACAACAAUGCCCUGUGCAAAGUCCUGACCUUGCACAUACACUUGGAUGUGCAGCCUGCCAAGAGGACUGACUACCAGCUCUACGCUGGUGGGAGCUCCUCGCGCAACGAGAGCAAUGGCCUGGAGCCCAGCGACGUGCCAGCUUCCAUUCUGCAGAAUGAGGCAGCUCUGGAUUUACUGCAGGACAGCAUUAAACGUGUCAAGGACGGGCCCCCUUCCUUAACGACCAUCUGUUUCUAUGCCUUCUAUAACACAGAGCAGUUGCUGAACACUGCAGAGAUUUCACCAAAUAGCAAGCUGCUCGCUGCUGGCUUCGAUAAUUCGUGUGUGAAGCUGUGGAGCCUGCGCUCCAGGAAGUUAAAAUCUGAGCCCCAUCUCGUUGAUGUGUCCCGCAUUCGCCUGGCUUGUGACAUCCUGGAUGAGGAGGAGGAAGAGGAUGAGAGCGCAGGCACAGAAAUGAAGAUCCUGAGAGGACACUGCGGACCUGUGUAUAGCACGAGGUUCCUUUCAGACAGUUCGGGACUCUUGUCUUGUUCCGAGGACAUGUCCAUCAGAUACUGGGACCUCGGAAGUUUUACAAACACUGUGUUGUACCAAGGACAUGCCUAUCCUGUCUGGGAUUUGGACAUUAGCCCCUGCAGCCUGUACUUUGCCAGCGGUUCCCACGAUCGCACUGCAAGGCUCUGGUCCUUUGAUCGGACGUACCCGCUGCGAAUAUACGCGGGCCAUUUGGCGGACGUAGACUGUGUCAAGUUCCACCCCAAUUCCAACUACUUAGCGACGGGCUCCACAGACAAAACUGUGCGCUUGUGGAGCACUCAGCAAGGCAACUCGGUGCGUCUUUUCACCGGGCACCGCGGCCCCGUGCUGGCGCUCGCCUUUUCUCCCAACGGUAAGUACUUGGCCUCAGCAGGUGAAGACCAGCGGCUGAAGCUGUGGGACUUGGCGUCAGGAACUCUUUACAAAGAGCUGAGGGGGCACACGGACAACAUAACCAGCCUUACUUUCAGUCCCGACAGCAGCCUAAUUGCUUCGGCGUCGAUGGACAAUUCGGUCCGGGUCUGGGACAUUCGGAACACUUACUGCAACGCCCCUGCAGAUGGGUCUUCCAGUGAACUGGUUGGUGUCUAUACCGGACAGAUGAAUAAUGUACUGAGCGUACAGUUUAUGGCCUGUAAUCUUCUUCUAGUGACUGGAAUUGCACAAGAAAAUCAGGAACAUUAACUUUUUUGUUGUUGUUGUUUUGGUUUUUUUUCCUUAGGGAAGUGGGUGGGUGCAUUGAAUGCCAGAGUCCACUGCAAGCUGAGAUUACUGACUGUGAAACACUUUUUUUUCUUCCUCUGCCCCCUUGAAAGGCAUGUUCAGAGUGAUGCAAAUGCUUUAAAUUGUCUUGGCCACAAAAAGGCCUGUGCUGUUGAACGGAAUGAGGAAAAAAGGAGUGAUGCAAACAUGUAUACAUUCUAAUUCUGUACUUGUAGGGAUGGGGAAAAGGGGAGGAAAUCCAGUAGCUUGGGGAAGCCGAAAGCCUGGUCCAGACAAGUGAAACUGCCAACCAGAUAAGCUGCUGACCUGCACUUAAAUAUCCUGCAUUGAUUGAUGGGCACAUCUUACCUACUGUUAACUGAGGCUUGAGUGUGUGGAGAACUACUGGCCCAGUGCUUUUUUUGUUUUGCUUUUGUUUUCCUGAUAUUGCAGAGGACCAGCAUUUUAAGACCCUUCUAUUAAAAGAAGUUUAUGUAUUCUCUACAGUGAUAGUGGUCCUAAAUAUUGCAGCUCCCUAUAGCACUUCUGGAAUAUUUUGGACUGGCUAAGUAGAAAAUACCAUCUUUCUUUUUAAGAAGGGAAUCAAAAUCUGACCUCAGUUGGGGCCCAUCUCUGCAUUGUCAUUUGGGUUUGGAUCCUGGUACUAGCUGUGAUAUUUGUAUUUAUGUUCCAUUAAUUAGGAAUCUUUCUGAAUGUGGUUGCACUGUGUUUUGAGGAUGGGAGGACAGUGGGGGUAGAGUGGUGUCUUUAAGGGUAAUAAACAACUUGCCUUGUCUGGAGGGAGGGCACAACAGGACUGAAGUGGCUAAGUUUGGACUCCUCAUGGAAACAGGGCAUGUCAGUCCACCACUGCACCUCACAGAAAUAUUUCCCUAAAUGGAAGUUGGCAGUCUAGAGAGAGGGGGAGAUGGGGAGAGAAACAUACGAAGUGACAUGGGAAAAAAUAGUAUUACUAAAUUAUUGUGCAUACACAGAGGCAGCUCUGCCAGUGUUGGAUUUUUCUCAAAAUGUUGCAAUAUCAGUUUCAUGAACACUUUGUGAGAUAAAUCAUCAGCAUUUACAACAAGGAUCUGCAGAAAAGGCACGUUCUAGUUUGUCAUUUGGAGAGAUUAAAUAUUUCUGCUUUCUGGAAAGAGUUAUUUUGUAUUUUGUUUUCUAUUAAAAGCAUUUAGCUUAAAAAAAAUAAA